CGUGUCUCUCUGCUGCUCCUGCCUUUAACUAGAGAGGUUUUGCAGCUCUUUUGCUGAAUUUGCGAUGACAGCUUAAUUUUGCUUAUCCUCGGUCAUAUCGCCUAAUCAGUGUUCGGAAGCAAGAAUGGGUUGGAUUUGGAGGAAAAGGGUAAGUUUGGGAAAGACGAUUCUUGCAGCAGUUCUUGUCAUGUUUUCCGCACCAUUCCUGGUUCCUCCACUCAUUGUUGCUUCCACGAUCGCCUUGAUCUCGUCCCUUCCCUAUUUUUUUCUCUUAGCUAGCUAUGUUUGUACUGAAAAGCUGAUGAGAAAACUGCUUCCUGCUAUUGCUUUUGGUGAUAAAAUGGUGCUACUCCACGACAAGGUUGGUCACGGUGAUAUAUAUGAUGAUGGCAUGCCACGAGUGGCUAUGAGUGAGACGUUUUUUGUGCAGUCUGUGGAAGAGGGGACUGCUGCAAGUUCUGUCAAAGAAGGUGACAAUGACAUAACACCCUUGAGAGUGACUAACAUUAUGUGUGAUGUGUAUCAAACCCCUGAGGAUAUCAGAAAAGAGUCAAAGAGCUUGUUCGAGAGUAUCAGAGACGACGAGAGUAGUGCUAAUCAAUCCUUUGGUAGAGGAAUAUCUGAAAAAGCAUUCGGAGAGGAUAACAAAGAGUCGACAGGAGUUGAAGAUCUAUCAAGAAGGAAAAAAGUGUCUAGAACUAGACUAAAAGGGACACUUGAGUCUACAACAAAAGAAGCAUCUAGAGGGAAGGCUACGGAAAAAUCUUCAAAUGAGAUGGUGUUGUAUAGCGAGGAGCAGAUAUGGGAAAAGAUGGAGGCGUUAAGGAAAAUAGUAGGAUACAGUGUUGCUAGGAGCACGACAUAUUCCGAAGAAUUGAAGUCUCUCUAUAUGUUUAUGGGUGUGGAACUGCCGACAUCCAUGUUGGAGAAAGAGAAUCAAGAGAUUGCACAUGUUAGUGAGAGACUUUGGGUUCUUAUGUCUGUUAUUGGAAUAAAAUGAGAGUUUUUUUUUUGCUUUCAAUCUUAGCUUCAAGACUCAAUGUUUCUUCUGUUUUAAAUAAGUAAUGACACAUACCAG